AUGGUGACAGCCGGGCGCACACCGCCUCCGCGAGCCGCGCUCUCGCUCUCUCCGCCCCGCCAGGCGCCAGGCACUGCCUCCCCGGCUCCGUCCCUGCGCAACGCGAAGGGGCCGCUCCCCUCGCCCCACAGCCCGCCUUAUAUGCCCCGCCCAGCCUCUCGCGAGAGGAGGAGGGUCCCCGGGGCAGCGCGCGCCCCGCGCAUUGGCUGGGCAGGAAUGGAAAACGAUGCAGUCACCUUGGAAAACGCUUUGAGCGCAGCCGCUAACGCCACGCAUGCGCCGACGCCAUGGUCCGCCAUUGCGCUGAGGGGCAACACAAAACAGCAAAGCGUCAAAGAACGGAGCUACCUUUACACUAACUCCUUUCUUGCAGUUACCCUCUCUUGCUCGGCUUUUUUUCUGGAGUUCAGACAACCCCCAUAUCCCUGCGUUGGGAGGAUUCUCAGGCGCGGUCCCCUAUCCAGGCCGCCAACCCCGAGGCGCAGGGGCGCGCCCAGGUCCCGGAGCCGGGAGGCCCGGGCUGGCUCCUGCUCUGCUCUCCGCUCCCCGGUGCUUCCGGGGGGAACUCGGGUGGGGGGGCGGGGGGGCGACAGACACUCAGCCCGGGCUGCCCAGGAGUCGGCCUUCUGCGCGUAUCCUUUCUCUCCGCCCCUGCAGGGCACUGCCCGCGGCGUCUGGAGAGGUCCUGCGGGAGGGGAUGCUGGGGGCGGGGCGCGUUGCCUUGGCAACUCGCACCCAGCGGGGACCAGAGCCCUGGGCGCCGAGCCCAGCGCCUCUCAGCUCCUCCGGAACAGGAGAGUGCACUCCGGGGGACGAGCAGCCGAGCUGCGCGGCUGCCGGGACGCGGCCAGGGUGGGAACUAGGGGCACGGCGGGUGCCGAAGAGAGGCUGGAAGGAAGCCGGGUGGGAUCUGCGCCCCCUGCGUUUUUGGUGUCUAUCAGCCCAAGCAGCCCAGCGCGCGCGGAUUCUCUGACUCGGGGAGCCCGGGUCAGCCUGGAGCGCGGCCCCCGGCCCUGACCCUGCGCAACCAUCGUCCCGGAGAGACGGUGUCCGGAGAGCCCUACUGGGGCCCCAGCCCUCCCCGGGCGGACGCCCAGUGGCCCCGGCCCUCAGGUGUGGGCGUGCGACAUCCCGGGGUCAUCGCCGCUGAGCUUCCGCGGCCCCGUGUGCCUGGGGCUCGUCCUGCAUCCAUGAGACACCGAAACACUGGCAUCACGCACUCGCUAAAUCCUGUUCCCGACCGGCCCCUCACCCGUCCCCAGAGGCUGCUCUAUUCGUGUUUCGAGUCUACCACCCUGCAGGACACCGGUUUCCCCCAAACUUAGCCAUGAUUUUGUGUUGCGCACCGUACUUAAGCCCUUACAGCCAUCAUCGCGUUUAAUUCUUUCAGCAAAACCCAGGUAGGCGAUAUUACCCCUAUUUUAAGAGUAAGUCGCUCGAGGCUGGGAAGAGGCCAUUGCCCUGUACCACCUCUCCAGGCCUGGGCAGAAGUUGUGAAGCACCUCCAGCCGUGGCCUGCUCUCAGCAUCCACAAGAGUACAGCUUUUGGAAGCCCCGCCAUUCAUCCUCAGGAAGUGAAAGUUAAGAAAAUGACUUACUGGCGCAGUCCCACAGGGGUGUUACUGAUGCUUUAGCUGCCGAAGUAUAAAAAUGCCCUUCUGCUUCUCAGGAUACAG